AUUUGAUUUCGAUCUCUCGAAUAUAUAAAAAACCCAGCCAAACAACAAUUAUUACCUCCCCAUAUAUAUUUCAAUGUGAACUAAACACCCAGCCAAACAAACAAAGACAGCCAAAUUAUUAGCUCCUCUUUCACCGGAAUCAUCACCUUUCCACCUUGUCCGUUACUACACUCUCUCUCUCUCUCUCACACACACAAUCUGUAUCUAUCUAUCUAUAUUAAAUAAAUAUAUAUAUAUACAGAAGGUGUGUGACUGAGGAGCUUGUAUCACACACACAGAGGUAACAGAGUAACAGUAACUGGGGGUAAUGGUGGCAAGGAUCAACGGAGUAAGCCGUAGGGCGGCACAACGGACGGCGAUCUCAGCCGUUGGAUCACUUAAGAUCAAGUUGUUAUUGUUCAUUUGUUUCAUUUUUACUGUGAUUUUAUUACUGUCCAGAACGCCGUCGUUUUUCGGAUGGGAUCAGCGUAACCUACCACCUCUUGAUCGCACUUCCAGAAAAGGCUAUACAUUGUUAAUUAACACGUGGAAAAGAUAUGAUCUUCUCAAACAAUCAAUAUCUCAUUAUACAUCAUGUCCUAGAUUGGACUCGAUUCACAUAGUAUGGAGUGAGCCUAAUCCACCUUCUGAACCUCUGUUGAAGUUUCUGAAUCAUGUUUUAAAGUCAAACCCUAAAUCUGGUCGGAAGAUUGAAUUGAAAUUUGACAUAAAUGAGGAAGACAGUCUCAACAAUAGAUUUAAAGAGAUCAAGAAUCCCAUUACUGAUGCUGUUUUCUCUAUUGAUGAUGAUAUUAUAUUUCCUUGCUCAUCAGUAGAGUUUGCCUUCAGUGUGUGGGAAAGUGCACCAGAUACAAUGGUGGGGUUUGUUCCUCGCAUCCAUUUGAUUGAUCAAUCAAAUGAAAACAAAGAUCGCUAUGUAUAUGGUGGAUGGUGGCCUGUUUGGUGGACGGGUACAUACAGUAUGAUUCUUUCAAAGGCAUCCUUUUUUCAUAGGAAGUAUUUACGUUUGUACACUGAUGAAAUGCCUGCAUCUCUUAAGGAAUAUGUGAAGAGGAACAGGAAUUGUGAAGAUAUUGCAAUGUCAUUUCUGGUUGCCAAUGUCACUGGUGCCCCUCCUAUAUGGGCAAAAGGCAAAAUAUACGAGAUUGGAUCAACUGGAAUUAGUAGCCUAGGAGGCCAUAGCAACAAAAGGACCGAGUGUAUUAAUAGGUUUGUAUCUGAGUUUGGCAGGAUGCCAUUGGUACCAACCAACGUGAAGGCUGUUGACAGUCGUGGUACUUGGUUCUGGUGACCCCUUCCCUUAUUUUACUUUUUUGAAGCUUACCACUCAUUCUGUUUGAUAUGAAGCUCUAGCUAGCCACAACCAUAUUUUACAUUUACCACUUCUCAAUGUUUGUAGAAGCCAUUAAUUGUUAAGUCAAACCACGUAUGCUAGUAUUGUUAUGGAUCCCGAUGGUUAGCUAGGUUGUUGUACUCAUAUGAUGUAAUAGUGUGUAAAUUUAGAUGAAAAAUUGAGUUUUAUUCA